AUGCGAGUUCGAUACGAAGAGGAGGUAAGGCGGUCUGACGCUUUCCGGGAGGCGUUGGCCGACCGGGUUAUUCAGACUGCAGUGAUCGCACAUCAGAAAGCAGAGAUUCUCCGUACUGAGUGGGCACGUCACGUCGCACCGGAGAAAGCCGAUCGCGAGAUUUCCGGGAUCCGCAAGCAGAUGAAGAACGCGGGUAAAUCGGUUAGUGGCGGAAUGUGA